CUUAAUUAAGAGUUGACUGAUGAAAUCUAUCAAACUUGGAUUUGAAUUGUUAAAUUUAGCACAGCUUCAUAAAACCAGUACCCCAACCAGAUAUGCAAAGGGAGAGCAAAAAAAAAGAAAAAAGAAAAAGAAAAACCACCCGCACCUCCCGGCAACACCGCAUCGAACGCUUCUCCGGGAGCGUGUCGCUCACUCGCUUCUGUGGCACACUGGCACCAGUAUCAGGGAGAUCAACGCUCUAAAAUCUAGGCGUCUACCGAAGUUUCAGCUCACAUUCCUCACUUUAUCUUCUUUUCUUCUGUAUUUUUUCCAGUGGCGUACUAAUACUGGCUCGAAGAAAUGGAGGCGAGGAGAAAUGACAGUCCGGUGUAUACGCGCCAUUGGAGAACCGAAUCCGAAGUGCUUAACCCUCCGGGAGCUGCAGCAUCUGCCGCGCGUCCGCACCAUGUUCGCUCCUCCUCCGUCUCCGGCAUGUCCAGCAUUAAGCGCACUCAGAAUGUCGCAGCCAAAGCCGCUGCUCAACGGCUUGCUCAAGUGAUGGCCUCCCAAGCUGCCACGGGCAAUGACGAUGAUGAGCAAGAAGAUAGUGAUGAUCUCGGCUUCCGAUUUGCUCCUCAGCCUCUAUCCAGAACUGCCUCCGGUCCUCCCCCCAACAGUAACUAUAGAAUGAAUGGUGCUGCUGCCAAGGCAUCUGCUUCUUCAAGUAGGAUCAGUGCCAGAUCUUCUUCUCCGUUGCUAGCUAGGAAAGUGGUGGAAGAAGCUCCAUCUCUUCAGUCAAUGUCAGCUGGGAGACCUUUAAUGUCAACUCGUCCCGCACCAGCAGUACCAACUAGCCGGCCAUCUUCAAUGCCCAUACCACCAAUCGAUGCUCCCAUCAACAAGCCACAAGAGAAAAGAUUCUCAUCAAAUCUGGGACAAGUAAAUUUAAACGAUAGGAGAGAUCAGCAUGGCACAUCUACACUCCAUGAUGAAGUAAAAUGGUCGCAGUUAUUUGGUGGUAAUGGUGGUGGUACUAAGUGGACAUACUUCGGAAAAUAUACCAAUGUGAUUUGUCUCCAGCACUUCCAUCAAAUAAGAGAACAUUCCAAUUACUGAAGAGUUUGAUAUGCUACAAGAAGAAAAUGAGAAUCUUCGUGAAAAGCUUAGGAUUGCAGAGGAGAAUUUUAGAGAAGCAGAAGCUAGAGUUAUGGAGUUCGAGAAGCAGGUUGCUGCUGUGGGAAAAGGAGUGUCAUUAGAAGCCAAGCUAUUGAACAGAAAAGAAGCUUCUCUACGCCAAAGGGAGGCUGCACUAAAAGAAGCAAAGUCAAAAGAAGGGGUAGAUGCAGAGCUUGCAACCCUCCGUUCUGGUGUAAUGAAUGCCAAAAAAGAAGCAGAUUCUGUUAAUGAUAAACUUCAAGUGACUCAAUCUGAAGUUAAAUCGCUGCGGUCUAUGACACAAAGAAUGGUUCUAACCCAGAAUGAAAUGGAAGAAGUUGUUCUCAAAAGAUGCUGGCUUGCUCGUUAUUGGGGUUUAGCUGCUCAGUAUGGUAUCUGUGUGGAUAUUGCUGUCACAAAGCAUGAGUAUUGGUCAUCUUUCGCCCCUCUUCCUUUUGAAAUAGUCCUCUCUGCUGGGCAAAAAGCUAAGGAAGAAUACUCGCAAACAGGAGAUGACAAUCCAGAAAGGGGCAAGCAUGUUCAAGAUUUGAGUGAUCUGACUGGUGAAAGCAACAUUGAGACUAUGCUUUUAGUUGAGAUGGGAUUGAAAGAACUUACUACAUUGAAGGUUGAAGACGCAAUUGUAGUUGCACUGGCCCAACAACGGCACAUAAACUCUUCUAGAUUGUCAAUCUCAGAUCUCAAGUCACCUGCCAGUGAUCCCAAGUAUAUGGAAGCAGUUGAAUUGAGCCCCGAGGAGUCUGAGGAUGUGCUUUUCAAGGAGGCAUGGCUAACUUAUUUUUGGAGGAGAGCCAAGACCCAAGGCAUAGAGGAGGAAAUUGCCAACAAGCGGCUUCAGUUUUGGAUAGGCCGUAGUUCUCAGUCACCAACAUCAUAUGAUGCUGUUGAUGUUGAGCAAGGCCUAAUGGAGCUUAGGAAGUUGGGCAUUGAGCGACGACUAUGGGAGGCAUCUCGUAAAGAAACUGAGGAUCAUGACUCUUCUCUUACUGGAAAUUAAUAUACCCCAUCAGACAAUGAAAGAGUUCAAAGGAAUCUGCUUGUCCGCAAAUUAUUGUAUGUACUCCGUAUAUAGUUCUUCACCUCUUUUCCUUCCCACAUCAUUUUUCAUUGCCAAACAAAUGUUGUUUUUGUAUAUUAACAUAAACUCAUAUUAUUACUAUACGUUUCUCAGUGUCUAUUUAGAAUUCCUCAGAAAGAUACAAGGGUGUAGUGAAAUCUUCAUCUAAUGUAUUGAGUUAUUGGAAGAUUUACAAGUAAUAUGUCCACUGUUUAGGUGGAGCGUUGGCUGGCUACUCCCUAAAUAUGGGAUGCUUGCUAAUUAAGUUCGCAUUGUCUUAUGCUCAAUUUAU